AUGCCUCAACUUAAAUCAUUCGAAAUCUCAACAUCAAUCAUCACAUCUAUUCAGUUCAUUGUGCUCCGACAACCUGUCCAUCAAACAAUCAAAUUUUCCACGCUCAUAGGCAACCCAGGCCUCAAGCCCAAGAUGAAGCCCCAAGCUCUUGUUGCUGCUGCUCUUCCAGUGGUGGCCAUGGCAGCCGGCCACCCUCCAGGCGACAAGGAAAAGUGUGGACGCCUUGCUGUCAAGGAAUGGGACCCCAAGAACUUGCCCAAAGGCUACAAGCUAGAGGACAUCAAGAAGUGUGCUGAACAUCCUCUGGAACCUGGUUACUAUUGGGGCUUUGGCGAGCAUUAA